UCCGCUAUCGGCGCCCGCGUCGCGACAACGUCUCACUCUUACCGUCACACGCUACGCACUACACAAACUAUACCCAGUGAACUACCGCGUGUUAUAAUUAAAACAAUAUCAUCAGUGAAAUAUUAUCUGUGAAUGUUUCAGUGUUUUAUAAACAGUGCAUGAAAGGAUUUACAGGCUUUUUAUUGAUCUGAUGGUGGAGGGGGGGCGCCAUGUCGGCGGUGAUGAGCACGCUGUCCAUCAUCAGCGGCGGCCGCCGCGCGCACCGCAAGCUCGCCAGCAGCGCUCGCAAGUCGGGGCAGUUCUCGGACGUGGGCGAGGAGCGCGCGCGCAGCCAGCAGGACCUGCGCCAGCAGCGCUCCGCUUCGCUACAAACCCUGGAGACUGGCGGCGUCGGCAACCUUGAAACCCUGGAGGCCAAGAUGGCGAGUAUAGAAGUGUCACUGGCGGGGUCGCGGCGGAGGAGCGCGGGCGCACGUGACGUCACUCGCGAGUUCGACGCGCUGCGCAACGCGCUCACUGACAAGGAUGUGCUUAUACAGAGCCUCAAGAAGCAGCUGAGCGCAUCUCUAAGCGCGGCGCGUCUAGCUGCGCAGGCGUCGUGUCCACCGCGCAGUGCGCGCGAGGAGGGUGCGCCUACGCUGUCAGCCGACGAGCGGCGCGCGCUCGAGGACCGCGCCGCCAGCGUACGCGCCGACCUCGACGCACGCAGGAACAACAUACAGGAGCUGCGCCGUCGCCUCGAGAAGACACACGUCACUGACAACAUCGACACGCGCAUCCAGCAGGCGGAGCUGCAGUACAAGCUGGGCCGCGAGGAGCUGGAGCUGCUGUCGCUGGGCGAGCAGGCGCGCGCGCUCGCGCAGCUCAUCGAGCAGGCCGACGCCGCCGCCAAACGCGCCGACACGCCCACGCUCUACAGUACAGUGCGCGAGUGCGGCGGCACCGCGACGCUGGUGGCGGCGGAGGCGCGCGAGGGCGCAUGGGGCGCCGGCGUGCGCGCAGCCGGCGUGCUCGUCGAGUGGCCCGGCGACCACCCCGCGCUCAGGCCCGGGGACAGACUGGUGGAAGUAAACGGUACGUCCCUGGUGGCGUGCCGCAGUCAGGAAGAGCUGCAGCGCGCAGUCGCCGCCGCCAACCCCGCGCGGCUCGUACUCAUCAGGGGACAGGCGCAGCCGCCCCUGCAGACCUUCUCGCAGAACGAGGCAGCAUCUCUCCGAUCAGAGCUGGGCGCGCUGCGAUCGGCGGCGGAAGAGGCGGAGCGCGCCAAGGAAGGCCUACGCUGCGACAACACGCGGCUCACGCACCGCAUCUCCUACCUCGAGGAGCAGGUCGCUGAACUCCUCGCACACCACACACAGCUGCAUUCUGUCAACAGCAACGAUAGCAGCUGCAUAACAGUCAACAAGACCAAAAAGAAUGUCACCAACAUCAACAUCACGUCAGAACCACAAACUAAACCCAGCCCCAAGUCUGAAGUGCAGGUGUUCCAGAAAGGACCAGAUAUUACUGCGAUAGUAGCCAAGUUGCCGGGACUAGAUGGAGCCGAGGCCAACCUACCGGUGAUGAGGCCGCGGUCCAACGCGUCGGGCGCGUCGUCCCGGGCGGCGGCGUCGCCCCGCGCCUCCCCGGCGCCGCACCACCGCUCCCACAGCUCGCACGGCGGGGAGCACCGCGCCGGCCGCAUGCGACACUCGCUCUCCCACCACUGCAUCCACGCCGCCGGCGACUACAGCGCCGAGACCGACGCCGCCAUCCGUAUGAUCGAGCGAAACCAAAGACACAUGGAGAAGCAACGCCUCAAGAACGAGCGACUCGGCCGCACUAAAGGGGAAGACUUCUUCAGAUCAGACAGCGAGGGCGACGUCAGAGACUCGCACUCGAGCGUCUGCGACCCGCGGCAUUAUGAAAUCAAAAAAGCCGCCGACCGGAUAGAGGAGAGCAUCAAGAAGACCAACUGGGCGGAGAGGAAGACGCUGUCGAUCAUCGAACAGCUCAAACGCUCCCAACGUCUCCGGAAGCUCAAAAAGAACGAGAGCGCCGAAGAUAUUCAAGUGGAGACCGAGAAGCAUUACCUGUACCACAGAAUAGACGGCAAGGUCCUCGAGAACGCUCACAAGUCGAGCAGGAGGACGUCAAAACUACACUCACGAAGCGCCAAGUCCUCGGAGUUCGAAUCGGAAUGUUCAGACUUUCCUAACGGGGACAUGUACAGCAGUUCGCCGAGAAUAGACUACGGCUCGGAGACAUCGAGGAUGAGUCACUACAAGAAGAACGAGGACAGACGAGACGGGGACGGCAAGUCGCGGCCGACGCCGCCGCGGAAGCCGCUGCGGCUGUCGCUGCACAAAGCUAGGAGUGCACACUCCCUGAUGAACGGCAGCGAGUCGGAGACGCCGAGCAGGCCGGCGUCGGAGGCGACGCGCAGCGGCGAGCACGAGCCGCACGGCAAGCGGCCCGUGAAGCGCACGCACGCGGCCGACAAGGGCGCGCGCGAGCGGCCGCGCGCCGAGCCCGGCGCCCGCGCCACGCCGCGGCCCGCGCGCAAGCUGCUCAACGGGCUCAGCGCCGCCGCGCCCGCCGCCGACCACCUCUACCCCGACCACGCGCCCGCCCGCGCCAACGGACACAAGUGGUGCUAGCGCGCCCCGAGUCAGAGGCUGCUUCUGGUAUACCAUAACUGCAGCCGGACACCCCGGUGACCCUGAUGUAAUAUAACGGUAUUUUGUAAAUACGUAAUAUAUGAGCACCCACCGCGUAAAUACUCACAUUGUAUAAACUACAUAAUUUAUAACGGCAUUAUAUCACUUAGAAAUAGUACGCAGUUAAGAAAUAAAAUAAGAAUUAAA